AAUCAAAAAUCAGAAACCAUCAUCAAAAGAGAGGAACAAAAAGAAAUAUCAUAAUAAAGAUUGAAUAAGAAUGGCUAGCGAUGGCAGUGAGGAGUUCAGGCUAGUGUCGCCAUCAAUUAACAACGAGGGAAGGUUACCGAGGCACUACACGGACGAGGGGCAAGGAGCGAAAAAGAACAUAUCCCCACCGUUAGAAUGGUACAACUUACCGCAGGAGACCAAGACCCUGGCUUUAGUGGUGGAGGACAUUGAUGCACCAGAUCCAGAUGGGCCCAUCGUGCCGUGGACCCAUUGGGUGGUGGUUAACAUCCCGCCGGCGGUGAAGGGGUUGCCGGAGGGAUUUUCCUGCAAGGAGGAACAGAUGGGUGGGGAAUAUGCUGGGAUCAAGGAAGGGAACAAUGACUGGAAGGUGCCUGGUUGGCGUGGUCCUAGGUUGCCUACUCAUGGACAUAGGCUUCUGUUUAGGCUUUUUGCUUUGGAUGAUGAGGUUCAUCUUGGUAACAAGGUGACGAAGGAGAAGUUGUUGGACUCAAUUGCAGGGCAUGUGCUUGGAGAAGCGACGCUGAUGGCUAAAUUUUGAUAUGAUGUAUGAAAGCAGAGAUUGUACGGGUGCACUCGCUUUGUCUUGUGUACCUAUGUGAAAUGUGAGAUCAAUGGGAUAAACAUUGUAUCAAAUCUCACCACCCUUUUGAGCCUCGUCUCUUCGUAGAUUAGAAGAAAACAUCUUGCUUGAAAUUUAAAAUAUUAUGAGUAAUCAUGACUUACCAAUUACGUGCUAAUAAUGUUAAUGCUACCAUGCAUUUUGGACGGUAUAUAUGUUGUUAGAGUUGUCGAUCUUUAUUGAGAUUGUUGUAAUGUAAAUGUAGAUCUAAUGCAAAAGUCAUACUU